GAGUCCUCCCAGUCAGAUCUGGCUGAACGUGACGAGCCGACUCGGAGCCGAGCGAGGUUUCCUGGCGGAGCUGCGGAGGGAGCAGGAGUUGAGCGGGUUUGUCUGUCUGUCUGUCUGUUCGUGUGUCUAUCCGCCGCCGCAGUCGCUGUCUGCCUGGGAUAUAAAAACAAAACAAUACACCCCCGAAAACUCAUCUUUACGGCUUCAACGGUCUGGAGACGGCAUCCACGGCUAUGGACCCAUCGAUGUCCUCCUGUUAUCCACACUGAGCGACGUUACUCCGUCGGAUGCUCCAGUGCCCAGAGGAGAGGAGGAGGAGGAGGGGGUAUCCCUAUCAUUUUUCGACUGCCAGGCUGACUCACUACUGGACCGCCUGAAAACUGAAGAACUCUGAGAGAACAAGAGAGUGAAGGGAACACUGUAAAAGAGGGAGUGAGAAGAAAGGAAGGAAGGAGGGAGGGAAAGAGGGAGCAAGAAAAGUAAAGACGGUGAGGAACACUAGACGGGAAGAGAGGCAGCAGGAGAAAGUCAGGUUGGGUCAGAAGGGCAAGAGGAGGAAAGAGUAAGUGAUAGUGGACAAGAGAAGUAUAAUUAUUCAUCUAUUAGGCAGUGAGUGGAAGAAUUUAAAGUCUGAUGAGAAUAAGUCAAGCGGUCAGACGGACAGCUGACUGAGCUUCAGACAAACCCACUGUCCUGCUAACCCUCCAACGACUGUCCCUUCACGGUCACCAUACUGGGAGAGCUGGGAGAACUGGUCACGAGGAGAAGCCACCAUGAGCGACCAGAACGUCGUCAAGGAAGGCUGGGUCCAGAAAAGAGGAGAGUACAUCAAGAAUUGGCGACCACGCUACUUUCUGCUGAAGACAGACGGCUCUUUCAUCGGCUACAAGGACAAACCACAAGACUCUGACCUGGCCUACCCACUCAACAACUUCUCUGUAGCAAAAUGCCAGCUGAUGAAGACGGAGCGGCCAAAGCCAAACACCUUUAUCAUCCGCUGUCUGCAGUGGACGACAGUCAUCGAAAGAACUUUUCAUGUUGACACUCCUGAUGAGAGGGACGAGUGGGCUGAGGCCAUCCAGAUGGUAGCAGAGUCACUAGCCAAGCAGGAGGAGGAGGGCAUCUUGUGCAGCCCCACCUCCCAGAUUGAAAACGUCAACGAGGAGGAGAUGGACACCUCCAUUAGCCACUACAAACGAAAGACAAUGAAUGACUUUGACUAUUUGAAGCUUUUGGGCAAAGGCACUUUUGGUAAAGUCAUUCUGGUGAGGGAGAAGGCGAGCGGCACCUACUACGCCAUGAAAAUCCUCAAAAAAGAAGUCAUCAUUGCCAAGGAUGAAGUUGCUCACACUCUCACAGAAAGUAGGGUUUUAAAAAAUACUCGGCAUCCAUUCCUAACUUCUCUGAAGUAUUCAUUCCAGACAAAGGAUCGGCUGUGCUUUGUAAUGGAGUAUGUCAACGGAGGAGAGCUAUUUUUCCACUUGUCAAGAGAGAGAGUUUUUUCAGAGGACCGCACCCGUUUCUAUGGCGCUGAGAUCGUCUCUGCUUUAGAUUAUUUGCAUUCUGCCAAGAUCGUGUACCGUGAUCUGAAGCUGGAGAACCUCAUGUUGGACAAAGAUGGCCACAUCAAGAUCACUGACUUUGGUCUCUGCAAAGAAGGCAUCACUGACACUGCCACUAUGAAAACCUUCUGUGGAACACCGGAGUACUUGGCUCCUGAGGUGCUAGAGGACAAUGACUAUGGACGUGCAGUGGACUGGUGGGGUUUGGGCGUGGUGACAUAUGAGAUGAUGUGCGGACGCCUGCCCUUCUACAACCAGGACCACGAGAAGCUGUUUGAGCUCAUCCUCAUGGAAGAGAUAAAAUUCCCACGAACCCUGUCAGCUGACGCCAAGUCACUCCUGUCAGGGCUGCUCAUUAAGGACCCCAACAAACGGUUGGGCGGUGGACCGGAUGACGCUAAGGAGAUCAUGCGGCACAGUUUCUUUGGCACAAUCGACUGGCAGGACGUCUACGACAAGAAGUUGGUACCACCCUUCCAGCCUCAGGUCACCUCUGAGACAGACACGCGCUACUUCGAUGAAGAGUUCACAGCACAGACCAUCACCAUCACUCCACCGGAAAAAUACGAUGAGGACGGGAUGGAUGCAGCAGACAACGAGCGAAGGCCUCAUUUCCCACAGUUCUCCUACUCGGCCAGUGGCCGAGAGUGAGCUCCAGCCCAGCCAGGCAGCAUCGUCCCCAUUUGUGGCCAUUUUGAGGAAAACGCGUAGCCAUUUUAGGAAAAAAAACAAAAAAAAAAAAAACACCAGUCUCCCCUCUUUUUCUUCUUCUCUGCCUCCUUGCAGAGGGGGAGAAGUCUUUUUAGGGACUUUAAAAGAGGUUUUUGCACAGUGGGAUAGACUCCAGCCGGUCUCCCCACACUAAAAAAUAAGUCUCCUACAUUUUCAGCGCUAUUUACUGCAGAAGGCAAUGUUUUUGUUAUUUUUUUUUCUUUCUGUCAGUAUUAAGUUGUCGACCCAGGUUGCGUUAAUAUUUUUGUUUGUUUGUUGUUUCUGCCCAUUUUUUGUUCUUCUUUUAACUUUUUUGCACUUGGUUUGGAAGAGCCGUUUUAGGGAACAAAAAACCAAAAAUGUUGCCUUAUGUGUGCAGAUGUUUUGCAUCAUACCUACAGGGUGGUGUUUUUGUUGUUUUUGGGGAUUGGGAUUUUUCAUCAGGGGAGAGGGUGGGUGGGUUCUGGGAUGUGAAAGGUCAUAAAUAGUUGAGAAGAAGUGCAUGGCUCAUGGUUCACUCAUUAAAAAACAAAAAACAAAAAAAAAGAAAGAAAAAAACAAACAAAAAAAACCUCUUCCUCGUACAUUUGCCAUGGCAGCGCACAUUUCCCAAAUCCAUGGUGAUGAAAAUCACAGUGAGCCUACAGAUUACAAAAAACAAACAAACAGAAAAGAGAAGCUGGAAGAUGAGAACGGGUGAAUCAUUCCUUUCAUUCGUCGCAGUAACUUCCCUCUUAUUUUAUUUUAUUUUUGCGCUUUUUUGAAGUUACUUUGAAACAAGAAACACUAAACUGCCAGAAACUGCACAGUUCACUCAGGCGCCACAGAGCACAACCGCAUUCAAACUCAGCUUAACCGCUCCAGCUUUCCACAGCCGGCAGGGGAACGAGGCCUUUCUCUGCAGCAUCGCCGCUUCUUCUCCUCCUCAUCCACCUCUCCUCUUUUUUUUUCUUCUUCUUCAUUGUAGCUGUAGGACUAGAAUGGAAUGGAUGUUUACACAGGGAAACAUGGCUUCAUGUAUGUAUGUACAGUUUGCGAUUGAAUGGGGGUCAAGAAUAUGCUGUCAUAGCACACAGAAACACACACACUUACUCUCAGAUGUAGUAAACCGCAGUGUUGUCUAUAAUGAUCAUAGUGAAGUCGGCAGUUUACUCCAAACUGAGAUUUGAUGGUCUUUUCUUCUGUUUUUGCAAAACAUGGGGACACGAGAAUGCUCCACAACUUGCAGAAGCCCCAAGCCUCAGGUCACGUCUACAUGCCAAGCAGUUUGCUUGCUUCACGUUGCUUUGUAGUUGGCUCUGAUGCCUGUUCCUGCUUCUGGUUGCUUAUUUAAUCCUCUAUUGCUACAGUCACACUAGUGAAAACAGUGGUUGGAGUCCAAAGCAUGAACAGAAUCACUGCAACUGUGUCACCUGCCAUCUUCAAAGCACUUUUGGUGCAUCAAGACUUUGACAAUAAGAUUGGAGUCAAGCAGUCAGUCUGCUGUAUCCGCUCAGUUUGCAAUUUAAUGGGGUCAGAUUUGUACUUGGAUACAAUGUUUUUGCACAAAUUAACUGUGUUAAAGAAACAGAUUUGAAUAAGAAGUUCAGUUGCCUUGGGAUGGCAAUUUUACUUUAAAAAUGACAUCAGCAGCUUUGUGCAUGUACAAGAACACAACCAGUUGCCAACCAGCUGAGACAAGUGUCUUGUUGCACAGAGACAGAAGAGUGGCUCUCUUUGGCACAGGCUGACUCAGAAAGCAACAUGUUGUCAGUCUAUUUCUAAUUAUCCAGCGGUUAUGUGCAAGCCUUUGAAAUCUGAGUGAUUUCAGUCACUCUGAGUCAGACCACAGUUGUCUGACAGAUUGCCUCCCACCAGGCGACCUUUGGAACUGCCUUGCGAUCUUACUUGCAGUUAGUUACCAAAUACAAAAGUAUACACUGGACAACCACUUUUCAUUUUUUGUUAUUUUCCUUUUUGAAUUUCAAUUCAAUUUUAUUUAUAUAGCUCCAAAUCACAACAGUCGCGUCAAGGCGCUUUAUAAGGUAUGAUUCAAUGCAGAGAGGUCUAUUGACACAUAGUGAGUGAGAAAGGUGUCUGCAAAGGAAAAACUCCAUGCAUCAAGUCACAAGAAAGUUUUUGACUGUUCAGACUGAGCUUCAUGCAGUUCCGUCCCCAUCAUGUGUUAGUUACUUUGGUCACUGAACUGAUUCCUGCUGGCCUCUGCUUUUAUGGAGGCCCCUCCAAUAGCCUCCAAAUAGUGAGUCCUUAACACAAGUAACCUAAAUUGACAAUCUUCUGGUAUCGCCUGUUCCAAUGUGUGUUCUGGCAUGUAGCUGAAAAAGUGUUUUGUUCAUUGGAAACAGUAAGACGUGUGGAUAUUUUUAUUGUUUCUUAGCUCAGCUGCUGUUGAAAGUGAUCAGAAAGCUGCCAAACUCAUUCAGACAGUAAGUUCGACAAAAAAAUUAUAUGGAUGAGAAGAUAGUCCUCUGAUGUGCUGUGCAGCUACAACUAAAGGCAGUAGUUGGGCAACUACAGCUUAAAGUGAUGAAUUUAUUACAGCAUUGGAUAGUCCGAGUAUGGCCUGGUACCCUACAGGUGGAUGUUGCGAUGGUUACGAGUAGCAGCAGUACUGACUUGCCAGAGUCAGUGUGGGGACUUUUGCGGCUUAAACCCACCAGCAGACGGUGUGUUUGGAGUGUAGUGAAAGUGAGGGGGCCGUGUUGGUGUUACUGACACUGCAGCUGGAGUUUGCUCGUCUGGACUAGCUCGCAGGCUUGGCUCCCACACUGGCAGUAUUAGCAUAUGUUUAGUGAGUUCUGCCCAGAAGUGGCCUGACUGAUGCAUCACACUUCCUACAAGAAGUGGAACUGACUGUGGAGAAUUGGGGAAAGCGAUCCAAUCAUCCCAAAUACUGUCAGCUAAACUGUCCUUGUGAAGCAGCCUUUUCACCUGUGAGCACACAUCAGAUCUGAUUUGCUGGAGAAUUCUGCCGACUUGAAAGUAUUUUGUACAUUUACAGAUGUUUGGAAAGAUUAAGAAGAAGAACUGAGGAUUGGUACGUCUUUGUGUGUUAAAGUAACGACGCAGGUAGAGAAGUACGACCGAGACAUAUCGAGUAGUGAGUAAAAAGUGAAGGGAAAGGGUUUUGCAGCUGUGCAGGAACCUAAGAAGAAGAUUGCUGUAAAGAUUUUUUUUUUUUAAAGAAAAAAAAAAAGAAACAUUGUUUUCAGUUUAAGAGGAGAAAUAUUGACUCACAAACACAGAUACAAAGACUGUUUUUACAUGACAAAUCUUAGUGAAGAAAAUGUAAUUUAUCACACAGAUGCUAAGCAGAAGUGAGGCUUCCAGCUCCAGACGCAGGGGUCCUGACCCAAUUAAUCUUGUCAGUAUUAUGAGAGAAAUGUAUUUACACACAGACAAAUAUUUAAAUUGAAGUAAGAGUAUCAAUAAUUUACUGAUCAUGUCAGAUCACAAGAAAACUGAGCCGUGAGACACUCGUGUAUGAAGACUGUGAGGACUGCGAGAAAAAAGUGGCCCCAAACUUCUUGGUGUAAAUAUGCAAUGCCUUUUUUGUUCUUUUUGUCUUCACUUAUGAGGCAUAAACAUUUGUUUUCUGUGUGACUGUAUGUUAAGCUUGCUGAUGAGAAUAGUGACCGAAAAAUCCAAACCACCCGCAAACGAUUCAAAAACUGCUUUGAAGAAAAAAACAUUUAAAAGGAAAAAAUAAACACGUGUCAAUGAAUGGACCCUUCCACUGUUUUUUGUUUGGGUUUUGUUUGUUUUUUCAGUUUUGCAUUUGUUUGGUUUUUUGUGAUUCAUGAGGAUGUUUCCAUGGAGACGAACCCCAACCCGCCUUUCUUAUGUCACCAUGGUCCCUGAAAACGAUCGACUCCAGAAAUGUGAGGACAUCUGUAACAUGGAGUCUGCACUGUACUUCUGUUCCCUUCACCUUCUUAAAAAACUAUAAGAGGAGCCUUGGAGGACUGUCGUUUGUUUGUUUGUUUGUUUGUUUGUUUGUUUGUUUGUUUGUUUGUUUUCCUGUGUGUGUGCGUGUGUGCGGUGCUGGUUUCAUCAGGUUUCUUCAGUCCCAAUUCCUUCUCCUUCCCUCCUUUUUAUACCAUAGUGUUUGUUUUAUUAAUGUUUGUCAUUCUAGACAGUGUUACCUUGUAUGUUGUUAAAAAGGCACCUCUUGAAAGUCGCUGAAGAAUGAUGGAUGCAUAACUGAUUUUUUUUUUUUUUUUUCGAUCAUUUGCUUGUUUGUUUUCUUACCAAAACAUUAGGGCAAGAACCCAGUAGUGGACUUGCAUUGCCGUGGUAGUAUUUAUUUUGAAUUAAAUUAAAAGAAAUACAUUUCAGGG